AUGGCCAAUAAAGCAUCAACGGAUGGAGUUGAUUUUCAACGGCAGCUUCUAUCCUACAUAGUUGGACUGGUACACGAUAAAUAUGAAUACUCCAUAAUGUACGAAGGAAAUGAUCAAAUCUACGGUGCUAUGGAUGAUGUGAUUCUGAAAAUCAACCCCAAUGCCAAUGCCGAGGACAGCGUGAACAGAGGAGGUCUCUACUUUUUCCAAGCGAAACAGAAACAGGAUGUAACAUAUACGAGAUCCAUUCAGGAUUUACUGCACGACAAAAAAGAUAAUAUAGAGAAGUACAUUACGACCUACAGCAUGUAUAAAAAAUCGCUCGCUCGCAAGCUGGACGGUAUGCCUACGAAGAUGAUUUAUUGGACAUCGAAUGAUUUUCACCAAACUACCAAAGAAUUUCUCGAACAAUACGCCACUACUGAGCCACAUCUCGCUCUUACGAUAGAAAGUAUCAGCAAGUACUCGAUAAAACAUUGGAAAGCUCUCUUUAUGUUCGAUAUUGCACAAAACCUAGCUUGUCACGCCGGUUCGUCCAAGAAAAAGAUUGAUCCAAAGCCAUUCAAUUAUCUGAACGGAUCGAUAGCAAAAGCGCUAGCUCACGAAAUUCUUGUACCAGUGGAAGAAUCGACACUUACGGAAAACCAGGAAGCGACUCCGAAAGUAAAAUUUCGGGCAGCAUUCCUACAAGACGCUCCAAGCCUCUCCGAGAAUGCAAAACAAUUCCGAAAAAGUUUUAACAUCGCUUGCAAAAUGCUCUACACAAAUCCCAACAAUCCAACGUUUGAUAUCAAUAGUUUAAGCUCAAAAACGUUUUCCACCAAUGCGUUCAGCGUGGGAACGACCAAUACCAGCCCUGAGCCGUUCAGUUUCGCAUACAAAGGGUUGGAAGAGGAGGAACUGGAUUGGUUCUUCGAACAUUUCGUUUUUUACGUUAAAAUACCCAAAGGCGAACGAAUGAUUAAAGCGAUACAGGAUUUAUUAAACGAUCGAUUCAACAGGGAAAUGUUUGAAAAAUAUUUAGUAACGGAACCACAGAGGCUUCAAACAUUAGCCGAAAAGGAUAAAAAUCUGCAACAGCCGGACGGUUUCCUCUCCAAGUCAUACGUACAGUCGGUAAUGGAUAUGAUUGAGCUUAAACGCAAACUUACCGUUCAGCCGCCGAAAGGAAUAAUUUUCAAAAAGGAGAAUAUCGAACAACUUGAAGACAAGAUUAUAUCUUUUUUUGCUGCAAACUCCAAUUGCCGCUCGUUGGUGGUAGUUUCCACAUCGAUGGUAGAAUGGACAGCAGCACGAAUAAGGGAAAAAUUCGAACAAUCGUUAGUCGUAAGCAAUGGUCCAGAUUUUCAGCAACUGGUAGAAGCAUUAAACGCUAUCCAAUAUGUACCGUUCGGAGGGUGCCUAAUUAACGGAGAGGUAAAAUAUAUCAUACUGUUGGAUCUACCGGAUAUAGAUGAUUGUUCGAGAAGAAUCGUGCAACAGCUAGCAGGUGUGAAGGUCAUAGAAAUAGUACGUAUUGCUGCUAAUAAUUUAUGUACAGUUUUAAUAGAUGAAAUAGAACUCGGUGACGUAGAAGUAGAUCCCGAACAGGUUGAAAUCAAGCACGUCGCUAUUGACGAAAAAAAGAUAGUUAUUGCAAAAUACUUAAAAGCUAAUAUUAUUGACAGUGUGAAGAAAAUUGAAGAAUUGAGCACUCUUACCGAUAUAAUAGUAAAGUCGGAAGUCUAUAAACCCGACGAGGAACAUUACAUUAAACGUAAUUUUAUUGCAGCGGGUGGAGAGAUAAUUACAGAAAGGGAGUCGCUGCUUACUUCAGCUGUGUCAAUUAUUUGUGGCACCUCAGGCCAUGGGAAAACCAUGGAACUGUUACAGAUUACCGAACUAACACAAACGAGCGAUGGAAUAGUAUGCCUUUAUCUUAGAGCCAAUACAAUUGCCAAAAGUAUUAUACAAGCUAGUAAUGUAUCGUCGAGGGAUGGAUUUGAUUUGCUGUUAAAGCUAUUAAAUAUUACCCCCGAUACUGAAAAUGAAGUUGUUCUUGCAAUAGUUAAACAAUGUCUUGAGCAGAUGCAAACCGUUUGCCUGCUGGUGGAUGGAUUUGACGAAAUAGUGGAGAAAUAUGAGGAAAUUGUAGUAAAAUUUCUCCAGAAGAUGUUACAGUACGGAAAUUGUCGCUUGGUAAUCGCCACCAGGGAUGAAUCGGUACCGGUUUUGAAAAAGGCCUUCAAGAAAGCUUCCUUCUACACCUUGGCAUCGUUUUCGUACGAAACCUAUUUCAGACAGUUGUGGCUAAGCGAUCCAAACGAGCUUACUCCGGACUUGGAACAAAAUGUGGAAAUUUUCCUAACCAAGUUUGAUCAGCUAUUAAAAGGUGCGGGAUGGAAAUCGUUUCUGGAGGUGCCUCAACUGUGCAAAAUUAUGGGAACAAUAUACCAUGAUCGUAUUCGCAAGCCCAACAUUCAGUGGCACACGAAUUAUGAAGUCGGAUCGAUUUACGAUACAUUUGUAGAAAGCAAGUUAGAAAACACUUUACGCGGAAGGUUCGACGAAAUGGACAAGCUGCACGUAUGGGCAAGUGAGUUGAUCAGAAAAGAGUACUACAUGAAACACGCACAGCUGGCGUAUGAACUAGAGUACAACUGCUAUAGCGAUUUAAAGUACUGCGAACAAUUGCAACGUUUUGGACUGAUGAUGAUACAGUACGAUUCGUCGAGAAGUGUCAAUUUUAUGCACCGCACCGUGAUGGAUUACUUCCUGGUGCGCUAUUGUUUGUUGGAAGAUAUCGGGAAGGAAGAGUUUCACUACUUUUUAAAGCGAUAUUUUUGUGUUUCGCGAGCAAACAUAGCCGAUAAGUUUAUCGAUUUCUUCAUGCACGAUACGGACUAUCUUUCGGCAAACAAAAAAGAGAUCAUCCGCUCAUACUUGUACAGCGGCAUCCUGCCAAUGUGCAUUCGAAUGGCGUUAAAUAAUGCCACUUUCAACACCCUAAGAUUACUACUGCUGGUUGCGCCCAAAGAGUUAUUAACACAGUUAUGUUUUCGAUUUGGAGCUUCCAGUAGUCUGCAGGGGAAAAAGUUAAACACGAACAACAGCAACGACAUUAACCUGAAGCGGCUCGGAGAAAAGCAAACGAUCUUGUUGCUAGAGACCCUGAAAGCAUGUGAUGAUGAGUAUGCUGAUGAUUAUGAUCAGGAAAUUGAGUACCACAGCAUACUUCAACGCAUGUUGUUCGAAGCGAAUCCAGACGAGGAAGAUACAUUGGAGGUUGCGAUAAGGAAACCAUUCCCAGAAGUUUUUGAUUGGGUUGUGGCGUACUGCACGGCGCAUUACACUCCGGAAACAAAACGUUAUCUAAUAGACCGUAUGCCAAGAUAUGCCCGGGCAAUGAUCAGACACUGUUAUGCAGAAAAUAAAGAACAAAUUAUUGAUAAGUUAUUAGCGUUAUGUCAGGAUACGUUCCCUAUUGAAAGUGUCCGACAAUGUCUUCACAGCUUCGAUUUGCUAGAAGAACUUAUUGUGAGCAUUGAAAUAGUUUCGCAAGGAAAAGUGUUUAAGGAGGAUGAUCGCUUAGAUUUGACACAAAAGAUUCUCUCACUCUUGGAACGUUACGGGUGUCAAGAAACUUUGGCGGCUAUGAAGCAAAAGUCCAAAGAAAAGGUAGAAUCAUUACAAAACGAAAGCAUUAAAUCAAUGUUGAAACAAUGGAUGGAAGUGGGAUAA